GGAAACGGAUGGUGUGUAAAUUGAGUGCACCACUUGGUGUUAAUAUCUUGUUCGGCGGGCAAUACUGAAAUUUGUAUUCGGCACUGUCUAUACAAUUCCCUCUGACGCCGCCACCCGCCGAAAUCCUGGUCAGGUUCGCUGGGGUGCGCGAUUUUGGGCGGAAGUGAAGUUCAUCCCCUUCGCAAACUCGCGUCUGUUCACUCGGUGGCGGGAAAGAAUUAUGAAUUUUUCACUCACCCCGCGGGCGGUAAGUGAGAAGAAUAUCGACAACCCCUUCCUCAUUUGGCGAUGGCGCAUAAAACCACCAAAUUGUGGCGCGUGAAGUAACAGAAUAUUAAAAAGUGGUCGCUACCGUUGAACUGUGUUGAGACAAGGGGUGGCGAAAUUCUCCUAAGUGGCUGUACGUCGAAGCAGCGCAAAGGCAGAACAGUAUAUAGUGUGGUGCGAUUUAUCCCGGCAAUUAGCACUUAUCGCACAGACAGGACAACACCGGGAAAUAGGAUUUAUCUGGAGCGGAAAUUAAUUGCCAAAUACGACUAGUACGGAUUAGUAUGUGGCUGCCGCAGUUUAGGUGGAUCUUGGUGCUGGUGAUAAGCUUACGCUUAGUAGAUGGAGUGCCAGGGACGAAGACGCUAGCCGGCAAGAGAGCCAAGACAUCGGUUUCAUCUCAGAGGCCCACGCGAACGCCCAUCGUGCCGGAUCUGUGCUCCAAGGCGCCGGACAUGAAGGUCAUUUGCCACUGCAGCAGCGAUACUCGUCAUCUGGUGACCAAGGCGGAUUGCUGGGUCCUGGGAUCCGACCUCUCGCGCAAGGACCCCAUUUGGGCGGCCUUCUAUGCACACACCUCCAUCACAGAUGUGAAAUUCAUUGCAUUCGCUGCAGGCAAUCUGACCUAUGUGCCAAGUCGCGCCAUCCGGAUCCUGUCCAUCCUGUCCAAGCUCAGUAUCUCAUUUACGCAGAUCACAGAGAUAGACGCCUAUGCACUGUCCAACGCUACGCACUUGGCCAAGGUGGAGUUCACCAACAACACACAGCUGCGAACGCUGAGGAGGUUCGCCAUUGCCAACCACCCCGUCCUGUUUGAUGUCAAUUUAGAAGCCAACCAAAUUAGCCUGAUCGAGGCGCAGGCCCUCGCGAAUCUGCCUCAUCUGGAAGUAGUGCGAUUGGGCUACAACAACAUCACUCUCCUGCCCGAUGAUGUGUUUGACACACUGGGAAAACUCCAAGAACUCCACGUGCAGCAUAAUCAAAUUGCUCAAUUGUCUCGGGAGGUCUUCAAGGGCCUGGGAAGUCUCCUCAAACUCGAUCUCUCGGCUAACAAUCUCACCUUUAUAGGAAACACCGUUUUCGCUGAGUUGUGGAGUCUUCAGGAGCUCUCAAUGCAAAACAACAAAAUUCAGCAAAUAUCCGAGAGAGCUUUCGAUGGCCUGAACAAUCUGCAUACACUGCAGCUGCAGCACAAUCGUCUGAUCGCACUUCACAAUGGCAUAUUCACCGUCGUACCUGCCCUGAAUUCCUUGAAUUUGCUAGAUAAUCAACUUGAGACACUCUCUUUUGAGAAUCUCCAUCCAAUCUUUGACAACCUCCUGCGACUCAACAGUGAGCUGAACAUCGAUGAGAACAAAUUCAUAUGCGACUGUCGUCUGGCGUGGAUGUUUGAUCUGAGGAAUAACACAAACAACACGAAGCUGCGACUGUCGCUGCGUGACCUGGAAUGCACGUUGGACCCGUCGAGAACAUCAAUUCAGGUGGUUUCGCGUGGGAAGGCCAAAGACGAGUACUACACAGAGGAGGAAGACACUGUGGAGGCCAACGAGGUGGUGAUACCCAAGAGUCAUAUUGACGAUCAGGGACCGCGCGCUGUGCGUCUGCUGAGCCUGAGGAAGAAUCAACUGCCGUGCCAUCAGGAGCUGCAGUUUCCCACGGAAUUGCCCAAACCGCAAGAGUCGAUUAAAGUGAUCCCGAACGACGAGUUGCAGCAGACAACGUCGAACGCAACAGAAGCACCAGAAUUGGCCGCCGGCCUUGCCAUCAUCAUUGUGUCAAUCCACAUUGUCAUGCCACCUCUAAUACCAUCCGUCAUCAAUUAACACCCAACAUGUCCGUGACCCAGUCGGACGGAGUGAAUGUGUGGCAAAUCGGAUUUAGCGCAGCAUUAUUAUAAUCAGUGAAUUAUAUCAAAAUGGGGAGAAGUUUCGAGCUCUACUGAGCCAUCUAAGUGUCUAUCCCUCUCAUGACCAUUUCCAUAAGUCUUUCGCAACCCCUCAAAACCCGAGCCCCAAUAGUUGUAUGUAUGUUCAGACGCAGUGGCGAAUGGCGAUGAUGUUUUCCAUCACAGCGCCAGAGUGUUGGUUCAUUCCGAGGCAUCAUCCAAUUUACCGCGUUCCCGAUUGUCGUUCGAGAAUGUGAGGGUGGGUGGGAUGUUUAAAUAUCAAUUCGAUUUGUUGUUGAAUGGCUAUGGAUGUGAUUUCUGGCCGGGAUGGUCCCCAAAGUGGUUGUUUACUGACAAACUCCCUAUUGCUGUUGCAACAUCAACAAAUCUUCAUACCCAAAGUGUGUCUCCAGUACCGAAGAAAACCCUCGUCUAAUGAUGCAAAAUCCAUGAACUUUAGGAUUAAUCAUACAAUGCAGUUGUAUUCACUCCCUGAGUACUCUUGUGUGGCAUCAAUUUGGUGAAAAAAAAAAUGAAUUGACAAAAAGCUCCGCAACAUGGUUUCCCAGCCAUCAAUAACGGAAUUCGAUGCACAAGAGUACAGGAAAUAAAUUAUAAAUUGAUGAGAAAAAAAAUAAAAAAAUAAAUGUGAGUGUACCUAUAAUCAGUAUUAAUUAUUAAGGAAGAUAAAAAUUGAAAUUAAAUAUUUGUGAUUUUAAAUUUAUAAAUAAAAGUAGUAAUUAUAGUUAAAAUAUGUAACAGAUAAGAGUAUACAACAUGAUCUAAAACCUACCUUGCUUUUUCUCACCCCUUCACAUACAUAUGUAUACACAGACGCAGCGAGAAGAAGGAAAAAUAAGAAGACCCUUCUGGACGAGGUUAAGCCCUCUUCCGAGGGGUAUAAUGUGGUGAAUUUAUGGGACAGCAGAAUAAAUCGGAGCUUGAAAUUGAAAUCGAUAUUCGGCCAGUAAAUUAUGGGCGAGGGGCAUUCAACUUACCAAACUCCUGGCAACACAUUCAGAGA